AUGUGCACUAUAGAGGUUAUACUACAAUUUAAACCAAAUAACUUGUUUAACCCUGACUGCUGGAGCUGCUUGACAAACAAAAGAUUUAUAACUGAAAUAAUUGAGGGUUUCUUCAGUCUCUGCUUUCCUGUUUACAGCAGCACCUUGUUGCUACAAACUAUGUCGAAGUUCCACAGCUUGGUCACCCUGACUUUGAAUUACAACUGCAUCUCUGAUUGCUGAACAUCCUGAAGGAGCACGGUGCUUAUUCUCUGCACCCGUGACUUUUAUGGGCAACUGGUCUGUGGAUUGUCGUGGGCAAACUCGGCCAAGAGAGCCCCCAUAUUGAAUGUGGACUUCUUCUUUGAAAGAGUUAUGAAGCAUGAUCAACUAGCCAGGAUCCUGCUAGCGGAGAUCUCAGUCAGGAGCAUCAGUCUAUGGAGCUGUUCUUUCAGUGACCCAGAAUAGAUAAUGAGACCGAUGCUCACUAACCUACCAGCCUACUGCCAUCUUCUGCAGGAAUUAACAGUUGAACUGAACAAUAACCAUGAGCUGCUGCACAACAUGCAUCUACAGCUCAUCUUAUUAUGCAUGUUAUUUCUGAAAGUCUGGGCAUUUCCAAGUGCUACCUUUAUGGAGAGGCUGCUACACAACUGUGCAGAAAGCAAAUGCAUUUUGACUAAUAUCAAGAGCAGGAUUUACACAGCCCACCAAGACGUCAGUGAAAAGGAUGGGCUGUUGGGUGAUAUUUACAGGACGUUCAAACACCUGAUUGACUCAGAGCUUAAUCACUUUGUCAUCACAUACCCAGUGCUGUAA